AGCUCAGAGCGAGUCACAGCCACAAGCCCCCGUGACCGCCCGGGCCCCAGCACAGAGCGAGUCACUGCCACAGGCCCCCGUGACCGCCUGGGCCCCAGCUCAGAGCGAGUCACAGCCUCAGGCCCCUGUGACCGCCUGGGCCCCAGUGCAGAGCGAGUCACAGCCACAAGCCCCGUGACGCCUGGGCCCCAGCGCAGAGCGAGUCACAGCCACAGGCCCCCAUGACGGCCUGGGCCCCAGCUCAGAGCAAGUCACAGCCACAGGCCCCCGUGACGGACUGGGCCCCAGCUCAGAGCGAGUCACAGCCACAGGCCCCCGUGACGGACUGGGCCCCAGCUCAGAGCGAGUCACAGCCACAGGCCCCCGUGACCGCCUGGGCCCCAGCUCAGAGCGAGUCACAGCUAUCCUGGGUUUCACCACCCCAGCCAGAGCAACAGCCCAAACCACCCCCACGCAAACAGCAUACCUGGGCCCCGUCAUCACCGCCCCAAGUGCAGGUAGACACCCAAGUGCAACCCCCCUGGCCGCAGUCCUCCCCAACUGAGGCACAGGUCGAGGCUCAACCUCGCUGGCCUUCCCCACCCCAGCCCCAGUCCCCCGCGACCGCGUGGGCCCCCCAGCCCAACCAUGCUCCGGCGAGCGCCAUGGCCUCAGCCCAAAAUCACGUAGCGGCUCACCAGCCGGCGAAGUCCCAGAAUCCCCCGGAACGCUCUGCGGUUCCACCACCUCCACCGCGACGGAUGAACUCCUAUACGCACGUGUCAAAGGCCCUGUCCGAAUCUCCGGCCGGCCCAGGCCCGGCUUUCGGGAUGCCCGCCCUCAGAGGCAAAGGGGCAGAGCUGUUUGCCAAGAGGCAGUCCCGUAUGGAGAAGUAUGUGGUGGACUCUGCUACCGUGGAGGCUAACAGAGCUAAAGCUCAGUCCCCCACUGCUUCUUUGCCCGGCUCAUGGAAGUAUUCCUCUAACAUCCGAGCUCCUCCACCCCUCUCCUACAAUCCCAUCCAGUCCCCUUCCUAUCCCCCCGGGGCAGUCAAGCCGGCACCUUCAUCCGGCCCUGCCGCAAAGGCUAAGGGCAAGGGCAAGGGGAAGGGAAAACCGGUCAAACCUCUCCAUGCCCUGGAUGUCAUGAAAUAUCAGCCCUACCAGCUGAACUCAUCCCUCUUCACUUAUGGCCCAGCUGUGGAAACAAGUCCAAAGCCAACACCCUCCCCUGUCCCCGCCCCUUCCCCUGCACCUGUUAGCCAAAAUCAACCAAUCAGAUAUGAGAAAGUUGCUGCAGUCCAGCCUUCUGGACCAAUGAGUGCUCAUUAUCCUGUCUCAUCACAGCAACCCCAACACCCUCAGCAUCCUCCUUAUGGGGCAGCUCCUGGUUACCAAGAUGGUCCCUCUUACCAAAUGUCUGCUAAUUCCUACCAACAACCACCUAACCCUGUCUAUCAGCCAGGUCCUAGCCCUCCCUACCAACAAGUCCCAAGCCCUUCUUACCAACAAGUUCCUAGCCCUGCCUACCACCAAGCCUAUAACCCUGCCUAUCAACAAGCCCCUAGCCCUCCCUAUCCAGCAGCUCCUUCAGCACCCUACCAACCAGCUCCUAACCCUCUCCCUCCCAGUUCCUACGUGGUUCCCAAGUUCCCCGUUCCCUCGAAAGCUGAGCCUGCAGCCGCGGGUGUGGUCCUGGCUGCUCCAAAGCCCAAGUUCUCUGCAAAAAAGUCCGCAGCUCAGGUGUGGAAACCAGCAGCCGUGGAGCAGGAAUGAUCGGAGCUGUUCUGCAGUACGCACACACAUAGCAGACCCUUUGCUUGAAAUAACAGCCGUAGGUUGGUUGAGCGGUCAUGUUGGGUUGUCCUCCUCUGACGCCAUUUAACUGGCGUCCUGAGAACAAGACAAAAAUGAUACGGAAUGAUUAAGAAUUUUACAGAAAGCUAGAAGGGUUAAAACCAACGCUUCAUGUUCUUGUUUAGCAAAUUGCAAAGGUAGUUUAAUUUCAGUUGUUGUUGCUGUGAAUCAUAAUAUCAAUUCAAGACUAGCUGAAGAGCAUUUCUUAAUAUCUGAAUAAUGUAUAGGUUUUGCAGGUCAGCUUCAUGUAGUUAUGUUGUCUGGAAAAGACUAAGUUUAUCUUUGUUUUUCAAGCAAAAAUGUUGCUUUCCAUAUUAACAUUCACUUUCUCUUUCUUUGGAAGAUAUUUUUUCUUUCUUCAGUAUCAUUAUUUAGGUUACUAUAAAAGGGAGCUGGUAAUUCACAAUAUUUUACAUUUAGUGGACAAAGCCAAAACAGUUUUCCAUUAAUUUUUAUAUCAAAUAGUAAACUCUCAGCAUGACCUUAUUAUUUGGUGUUAUAAUUGGGAAAGACAAAAAGCUGUUUUUGAUAUGCAACUCUACAUAAACAUAUGUUUAAUAUAUUGAUGGCACACAUGCUCUUAAAUGCUAGCAUUUAGACAAAGAGAGAGGGAAAAAGACAGAGCAAAGCAAUAGAAUGAAUGUUUAAGAAAGAUAUUUUGGUUUAAAAAGGAAAUACGAAGUUGACUGAAAGUGGUAAAAGUAAAAUAUUCUGCAAAAAUGCAGAUUCAAUCUAAACACAGGGGACACAUUUAUUUAAAUGUUUUACCAUAUUCAAAAGGGUUUGUGCACACACAAACCACUAUGUUGACUGAAUCAGCUGAACCACUGGUUUUACUGAAGCUAGCACCUUUUGUGCAUGCUAAAACUUAGUAGUAAAUCUGGCCUGUGGACAGUGGUUGAUGAAACCAACUGAACAUGUAUUUUUAAAAAAAGAAUCAUUAAACUUUCUUGGUUUGAAAUUGAAUCUUGCCCACUGAAUCCAUACUGAGUGACUGGAUUGGAACAUCAGUAUUAUAUGUGCACACACAAAGCUAUCAAGAACAUUUUUGCAUACACUUAUUUUGUUCCAUUAAUGGAACUGCGCUUAACACUUUCAAAAGUUCACACAUGUUUUGUUGAGAGAAUACAGUUAAAUAUAUCAUCAUUUCAGGAAUAAAAUAUCCGGUUGAAGUAUGAAAAGUAUGGAUUCAAUGGCAAAUUGUGUGCAGAAGAAAACAGAGUCAUAUGUAAAUAGUGAGUCAAAGAAAAACACAGUACAACAGAAAAUGAGAUGAUGUUUAAUUAAUGCUACUGUAUACGAAACAAAUUUAAUGAUCUGCGAAUCUAGAUCACCUUCUAUGUGAGGAGUGCAUUCUCCAGUGUUAGGUUAGAAAUUGUGUCUGUAUGUAAGCACCACAAACACAUAUUAUUCUGACUUUUGAAGGUGGAGAGAAUGUAUGAAAGAAGUUGAAAUCUUAGCAAUGUUAUUUUGCUAAACUUGCAAUUUCAUAAGACUGAAGAGGAACAGUGUUUUAUAAGUGUAAUUCAUGUUAGGGUUACAAGUGGAGGGACAUACUGAAAUUAACAUGCUCCUCUCAAUGGAUGUAGAUCUUGUAAACUUCUCUUCAGUAUUGUCCAAAGACCCAACUUGAGCAGUGUGGAUAUUGCUUUCAACAUAUGUUUUUUUUUUUUUUUGCCGGCUGAAAUGUUGUUUGAGACCCCAAAAUUUGCUGCACCACGUGAUUGGCUACUCCUCUGUUUGGAGGUGGUCAUCCCAGGAUGAGAAGGGGGGUUUAUGUUUGUUCUGAUAUGUAUCAGAGCAGGUAUCACUGUACUUUUUUGUUUGUUUUGUAUAAGCCUUGCCUGUGCUUUCCUUCUUUUACUGUUUAGUUUUCCCACUGAUGUGUCAUUUUCACAAAUUUCAACCUGCUUCGUUCAAAAGACAACAGAAUUAUCCAGCACAGAAAGGCUUUGCUGAAUCUAAAUUUGCCCUUUCAAUGAGAGCAAAAAAAUGUCUCAUAAAAUGUAGAUAUACUGUAGCUUGGUAUAGAAAUGAAAUGGUUCUGUGAAGCCUUGGAGCCAUUUUGUUAAAUCUGUUGUCUUGUUCCUCUUGUUAUUCUUUUUCCUUUAUGUUUUCUCCCUGUGGUGAACUUUCUGUGUGCUUCACCUCUAUAUCAUUAAAAAGUGGCUCUUA